UUCAGCCGUUUUACUUCCUCCGUUCCGUUCCUUCCGUCGAUCCAAAAACACGCGCUAACGUUUUAUAGAGAAAAAUCUAUAAAAGGAGUACCGGUUUCCAUGGAUCUCCGCACUACCCCACUCUUCACUCUCACGCUUCUCAUACUCAUCUCUGCCUCUUCUUCUGCGAUUGCCAGUCUCUGCCAAGUCUCCGACCACCACCACGAUCAAAUGGCCGCCGCUACCCCUAUCCUCGGAGGCGUUCGCGAUUCCCCCGCAGGCUCCGCCAACAGCGCCGAAAUCGAGGGGAUUGCCCGGUUCGCCGUCGACGAGCACAACAAGAAGCAGAAUGCGGUUGUGGAGUUCCUGAGGGUUGUGGAAGCGAAAGAGCAAGUAGUUGCUGGGACGCUUCAUCACUUGGUUAUCGAGGCGAUUGAUGCCGGGAAGAAGAAGCUCUACGAAGCCAAAGUGUGGGUGAAGCCAUGGAUGAACUUCCAGGAACUGCAGGAGUUCAAGCACGCUGGCGAUUCCCCUCAACUCACCCCUUCUGACCUCGGUGUCAAGAAAGAAUGCCAUGGAUCUGGGCUGAAGGAUGUGGCUUCUCAUGACCCCGCGGUUCAAGAUGCAGCUGAUCAUGCACUGAAGGCGAUUCAACAGCGCUCCAACUCAUUGUUCCCUUACGAGCUUCAAGAAGUUGUCGACGCCAAGGCCGAGGUUUGUUUGUUCGUUCCGCUUCUCAUUUGUACCUUCGGUUUUCUUCUGUCGGCAACUGCAUUUUCAAGUCUUAGGGAGAGGGUGCUGAUUUUGGAAUGCUGCAGGUGCUGGAUGAUUCUGCAAAAUUCCAUAUGGUGCUCAAGGUGAAGAGAGGAACCACUGAAGAGAAGAUGAAGGUUGAGGUGCAUAAGACCACUGAAGGCACUUUCCGUCUCAAUCGUAUGGAGCCAACUCACUGAUCUAUGUAAAUAUAUGGGCAGACUGUAUAUGUGUAAUGUGUUUAUGUUCAAGAGUGUGAUCUUGUAGAAACCUUCAAACAGCUUUAUGGCUUCUGAACGUGUAAUGGGAUAUAUGCUAUAUAGCGUUUCUAUUAUGGCAUUGUGUAAAAGUAUCGGAGCGAAAUAGAAUCCAAGUACUGGAUUUAAUUGGUCAGGAUACUCUUCUCGAUCCAAUUCUGUGCUUCUUUAACCUCCGUCAAACAGAUUCUGGACCAGUUACGACUCCCGACCAAGGAGAUGAACACAAUAAUACUAACAGAGGAAGGCCAUCUUGGAUGCUGGAUGGAUGGCUAGCUGCUCCUAACAUUAGACUUUCUUACAUUACACAAACUGCUGUCUUCUUCUCAGAUAGUCGACAGAACCUACUGGGAUAUCAUUGGCUUUUCCUGUUAGCAGAUGGGUUCUAAGAACUACGCGAGACCAAUAACAAGUAACGAGAAGGGACAUCACUAUAAGAUCAUCCUUCUUCAUCGUAGUCUUCUUCCUCCUCAUCCAUCCUCGUGCUCAGCUGUGCCAGCUGUAAGGGGUCAAUAGCCAUCUUGUCCACCUCUGAAAGAGACCAACCUGGAUAUUCUUCACGGGUGGUGGUUUCUGGCGCCGUGGAUGAAGUUUGGCUGGUAGGUGCAGGACCCAAGGCUGACGAAGAAGCUGCUAAUGUCGCAGCUGCAGCAGCUUUCACAUCUUCAUUGUCCUUGACCUCAGCAUUAAGAUCGAAGUUCCGUUCAGGUUGAUCGGCUGUACCAUCCGUAAUUGCUACCAUAGGCUCUUUUGUCAACAUCUCCUUUGAAUCCAUUACGUCGUCUAUCAUCAUUCCAGGAACUGGGUUGUUGCCACGUGGAGUUGUACAAGCAGCUUCAGAGUCGGCCUCACGAUGAGCAGAUUCCCUCUCCAUGUUCCGAGCCCCUCGACCGCGGCCUCUACCUCGCCCACGACCCCUACCUCUACUGCUAACACCCGUGUGGCUCGCAUCAUGCUAGAAUGGAAGCAAACAAACAUCCACAUAUUAAGUACAAAAACACUUCCACAAACUAGCAAAGCUAAGAGCAACAAAAACAGACCCAUAAGGCUUUGGGAUGAUAGAAGUAGAGGGAGAUAUUGGCCAGGUACGACGUGAGGAAAAAUUGAUGAGAGAACC